UCUCAAGCAGACAUAGAUCUAGCUUGAGAAAAAUAUUUUGCUGUUGCUUGUUGAAAAUGCCUUCAAUAAAUGCGAUCAUAACUGGACUUGCUUUUUUAUUUUUUGGACUACUGCUUGUAUUAUGUGAUAGAUGGCCCACUAAAAUAACUGUCCAAGGAUCAAAGACCAGCAAGGCUCAUCAGUUUGAUCAUCUUUUCCUCCUGUGGUUUUUCAAACAGACUGUGCAGUUUUUACUUUUACCUUUAUGGUUCCUAAUAGACAGAAACAUACUUGGCUUUGGCAGAUUCAAACAUGGUGAAGUACAACCACGAGGAAGAAAAAAUAUUCCUCUGGUGGAUGUUAAUAAUCUUCCCAAUCAAGGUGGAGCUGAUGAGUUACCCAAUGCCCAAAAUCAAAUCAUUAAUGAAGAAGCUGAUGGAGCUGGUGAUCAAGUGGAAGACAAUCACGACAUCCCUCUCCUCCCCAAAAGAAAUAGAAGAAUUCAGAAACCAUCAGCUCUUUUGUAUUUUCCUGCUGCGUUUUUCGCCCAAGCCGGGGUUUUACUCCUUUACUUUGGGGUCAAAUUAACAUACGAAUCAAGUUACAUUAUGCUUAAAGGCACUGCUGCUUUUUUUACUGCUCUUUUAUCCAUGGCAUUUCUGGCCCAACAACUUGCCUGUUAUGUGUGGUUUGGUGUCAUUGUGGCCACAAUGGGUUUUGCUGUAUCUGGCAUAUCUGACUAUGUUCAUAAUGUUCCUGAUGGCUAUGAGAAAUAUGGAAUUGCUGCAGGGGACCUACUUAUUGUUAUGUCACAGAUCAUGUUUGCAACACAGAUAAUCUAUGAAGAGAAGUUUAUUCGUAAAUAUUCCAUUCAUCCCAUGUGCUUUUUGGGAGCUGAAGGGGUAUAUGGAUUCUUUUUUUCCGGAAUAUUUCUGAUUUUGUUCAAUGUGUUGGAUUUGGUACAGUACAGCACUCUGCCCAAUGGAAAACUGGAGGAUGUUGCUGAUGCUAUGUACCAACUGGGCAAUUCUUGGGAAUGUGCUCUGUCAUUUCUAGGCUCCAUCAUUUUUUACAUAUUUUACACCUACCUGGGAAUGUUUCUAAUCCGCGACCAAGGAGCCCUACCUAGGAUUAUGGUAGAAACAUUGCUCUGGACUGUUUACUGGGCCAUCGCCCUUGCUGUUAAAUGGGAUGGAUUUUUCAUUGCUCAGGUACCUGGUUUAUGUGUUAUCCCUAUUGGAGUCUUGAUCUACUCUCAUAUUUUGGUCAUCCCAUUUGGAUCUUGUGGAGAGAAACCUGACGUACAAGUGCCUGAUAUUUACGCUGCCUUGGAUGCAAAUGUCAACAAUGGUGAAGAUAAUCCCAAUCAGAACGAGCAGGAUGGUAACGGUCAUAUUGUAAAUGAAAUUGAGGAACAGAGAGAGGACCAUGAUGCACCUUUAAUGGUAGAUGUUCAUCAGAAUGGAGAGGAUGAUGAGAAUCAGAACGACGAUCAACUCCUUCUGCCAUAAACUAUGAGAGGUUUUUUUUACCUAAGAUUUCAUGCUAUAACUUAGCUUUUAUAUUCCUUAUAGCAUAAUUUAACUUGCAUAAAUUAUUUAGUUAAGAAACUCAUACUUUUUUUUAAUUUAUAACUUAAUUAUUUAAUUUUAAAAAUCUUUGAGCGUACAUUCCAAAUCUAAUUAUCUCAGUCUGCACUACAUAAUAUUAUAUUUUUUGUUUUUUUUUAAAGUAAUCAUUCCAUGGCUGCAUUUAUUUUUGGCUAUCAGCUUGCCACAAACUCUUUAACUCAUAGCUUGUUUACUCUAAUUUUGUCUCUCUUUGUAAUUUUUUUUUUAAAUUUCCUAAAUUAAUAUUAAUUUAUAAUAUUAAUUUAUAAUAUUAAUUUAUAAUAAUAAUUUAUAAUAUUAAUUUAUAAUAUUAAUUUAUAAUAUUAAGUGGUGUAAUGAAGUGAAAGUCAAAGGCACAAGAAGCACAAUAAGAGAAAAAUUUGAAACAGUUUCAUCAUUAUACGGAUUAUUAGGUAAAAGAAUUAUUACACAACCACCACUGCAUGUGAAUAGUAGAUGUUCUUGACAUUAAUUAGGGAAGAAACAGACAGAGACAUCCUAUAACAAUGUUGUAUAUUUUUUCUGUACUUGGCCUGAUUUCAGUGAUUUUAUUAUUAUAGCGUCUUAUGUCACCCUACUCAGUUUCUCAUAAUUCCUCAAUCCGUGCCUUACAGUUUUUAUGUCCAUUACCCUGUGUAUAUUUUUCCUGCUUACUUAGAUGAAAGAUACAUUAAAAAAACAUUUCAAACAUGUUUUUGUGCUAAUACUAGAAUUCUUCCUGUGCCUUACAGUUUUUAUGUCCAUUACCCUGUGUAUAUUUUCCCUGCUUACUUAGAUGAAAGAUACAUUAGAAAAACAUUUCAAGCAUUUUUGUGCUAAUACUGGAAUUUUGAGAAAGUAACAUUAACUGAAACUUUAAUCAAAGAUUUCUAUUCAACCUAAAUACAUACAUUGUGAGUUCAAUGUAAAUAUAAAGCCUCUAAAAUAUCUAAACCUACACAGAAGAUAAAUACAUAUAUUCAAUAGUUUGUAUUACACAACCCUUAUAUACAUUAGAAAAAUGAUAAAUGAUUUUGUUAACUUCCAAUAAAUUAUUUCCCAUGGUUAAAGAAAACCUGUUAUAUUUAAACCUGUGAGAAAUAAUAUUGCCAUCACCUAUUGAUUUCCAUUUUUUUUUUCUUUAUUUUUUACAAAGAUAUUUAUGCUUUAAGAAUGUUGCACAUAUUAUCUCACUUCUUUGAAUGCACAACUUUUUAUAAGUUGAAGUAUUGUUUUACAAAAUUCAUGAAAAUUUGUGUUUAUGUUUUAAAAAUAAUGUUUUUUUUUCUUCAUCUGUUGAUUUCUCAAACAAACAAACCUAUUGUAACUUUUUAUAAUUUUACAUAAUCUAGAUCUAGUAUACAUUUUUUUUAAAAACAGAAUUUUAUUUUGAUUUAUUUUUUCAAUCAUUUUAUUAUUGUUACACUAGUCAAAAUCUUUUACAAUAUAUUAUUCAAAACGCUUGAUUCUUAAACCAAAUUAAAGCUUGUUCCUACACAGUGUAAAUACUUGUAUAGGUACUAUAGUUUUAAUGUGGUUGUUAAUUUUAUGAAACACUUUACACAGAGGGAGCCACACAAAAUAAAAUGUUAUUGUAUUUAUAUGAUCUGUAUAAAAUCAUAAAGAAAUGUAUUUUUUAAAAAAUAAAAUAACCCUACUUGUAACUGGAAACAAUUAUUGAUAAACUCAAGUUGGGUUUUGUUUAAAGUUACAGGUAUAUACACACAAUUAUUGAAGACUUGUGUUUAGUUUUCAAGUAUAUAUUUUUUAAUCAAUAGUUACUGCCAGUGUUAGAGAAAUGUUUAAUGUGGAGCAUAAUUCAUCCAGUCAUUGAUUAUUUAAUUAGCUUCGCUCUAAUGAAAUGUGUAGUGAUUUAUUGAUUAAUUAAUAAAUAACCUGCUAAAGAUAAAUACUUUAUAUUUUAUCUAAUUUACUAAUUGCUAAAUUCAAUUUUAAUUUUAUUACUUUGAUUUAACUAAAAAAAAGUUAUCACUGUAGGCUAUGUGUAAUCAAUUCCAAAUUAUAUUCAGGAUUUAGUGAGUGUUAGGUUCUCUCAGAAUUUCUGGUAUCAUAGCUAACUUGUACCAUGGAAGGUAAAAAUUGAUUGGAUGUUAUUUUGGUUACUUAAACCAGUAAUAAUGUGGUCACAGAUUUAGAUACCAGAAGUUUACAUAAACAAUUUAGAGAAAUCCAUUUUCCCUUCACUCCAUCCACAUAUUUGAAAGAAAUCCCUAAGAAAUUUGUUUGCACCAUUUUAGUCUAGAAACCACCAAAUACAUGUGUUUUAGUCAUCUAAAAAGAAUUGGCUAUAAACCUAAAUAGUUUAAUGUAAAAAAAAAAAAGAAAAAUUGUAAUCACAUAACUUCCAUAAUGAAAUCAUUAUAGGGGAUUGUAUUGUUCCUCGUUAGAUCCCAGCAAUGUUCUAGACCAGGGGUCUCCAAACUACAGCCAGCUGUCCGGAUGCGGCCCGCGAUGUCCUCUCAUCCGGCCCGCGGAGAUCUUUUUGUCCACGUAAAAAUUGUUUGUUGGUGAUGGCUGAGGAACUUUGCCCAGAGAAAUCAAAGCAGAGGCGUAGCGACCCUUCCCGGCGCCCGGGGACAUACUUCCAAUUUGGCGCCCCCACGAGAGCAAAUUUU